GCUUAGUUGUCAUUGUUUCGUCUUACUAAGAGAAACGCCAACCAUAAGCAGCGAAAAUGAAACUUCUGAUCUUAUUUGUUGGAAUGAUCUUCGUUGCGGCUGCAUAUGCAAGCCUGCCAAGCAGUCAUAAUCAAGAAAUUAUUCUACACGAUUGUGCUGUAACUCCAUGUACGAAUGGACAAAGGUUUGACAUAGUCAAAUGUCAAUGCGUUAGUAAACAUGGAUUUAGCGCAAAUGAAAGAAAAGAAAGGGCAAUGAGUAAAGGUAAAAAAAAUCGCGAAAGAAAGCGAGAAGAAAGAAGAAAAAGAAAAGCAAGGAGACAAAGAAGAAACUAAAAAUGUUCUUAUCAAAGAAAAAAACAAAGAUUAAAAUUUAGGUUGUACAUAUCUUAAGUAUCUUGAUUUUUAUUUAUUAAUUUAUUAACAAUAAAAGUUUUCCGAAAUAUUGAUGAAAUAUAAUAA